UUCCCUUUUUUUAAUUAGGCGGUGCUGGUUGUAAAAAAUAUCCCGUGGUUCUUUGACAAUAGCUCGGCCUCUCCAAUCAGUUGAAAGAGUUGAAUAGUUAAAAAUUGUAAAAUGCUCAAAAAAUGCUGUUUCUGCAUUAAAUUGCGCAAGGCCUGCUUCAUUAUAGCCGUCAUGGACCUCAUCUUUAAUUUAGUGGUGCUCAACUUGGCGGGUCAGGAGUUCAUCGCACACAUUGAGCAGGCGGUGGCCAUCUGCCAUUGCAUCGGUUGCACAUUCCUGCUGGGCGGAGCUCUAAUCAGAUCUACUGUUCUGCUGAUGUUCUUCCUCAUCACCAGUCUGACCAACUGCAUGAUCCUGCUCGUGUACUGCAUCUACAUGCUGAUUAAGGAGGAGCGGUACCGUGAAAUAAUUGUCCCAGGUUCUGCAAUAUAUAUAUGCUGUGGCAUCUACUUCUGGAUUGUUGUCUACUCAUAUUAUGCUGAGGUCAGAAAUCCCCAUGAGGUCGUGGAAGUUUAA